AGAUCCAGAAUGAUAGCUUUAGUAAGCCCCAACACUAAUUCCUCCUCCUUCCUUCUCACAGGAUUUUCUGGUCUGGAGCAGCAAUAUCCCUGGAUCUCUGUUCCCUUCUCCACCAUUUACGCUGUUGUUCUUUUGGGUAACUGCCUGGUGCUGUAUGUAAUCUGGACUGAACCUAGCCUGCAUCAACCCAUGUUCUACUUCCUGGCCAUGCUGGCUAUCACUGAUUUGUGCAUGGGACUGUCCACAGUGAACACAGUGCUAGGGAUCCUGUUGGGGCUGAUUCGAGAGAUCAGCCUGGAUUCCUGCAUUACCCAGGCCUAUUUCAUCCAUGGUCUGUCCUUCAUGGAAUCCUCUGUUCUCCUAACUAUGGCCUUUGACCGGUACAUUGCAAUUUGCAAUCCACUGCAUUAUUCCUCCAUCCUGACUAAUUCCAGAAUUAUCAAAAUCGGACUCACCAUCUUAGGUAGGAGUUUCUUCUUUAUUACGCCCCCUAUCAUUUGUUUGAAAUACUUCCACUACUGCAAUCCCCACAUCCUCUCUCACUCAUUCUGCCUGCACCAAGACCUUCUCCGCCUAGCCUGCUCAGACAUUCGAUUCAAUAGCUACUAUGCCCUGAUGCUGGUUAUUUGCACACUAUUGUUGGAUGCUGUACUUAUCCUCUUCUCCUAUGUCCUGAUUCUUAAGUCAGUUCUGGCAAUUGCCUCUCGGGAGGAACGGCAUAAGUCAUUUCAGACGUGCAUCUCCCACAUUUGCGCUGUCCUUGUGUUCUACAUUCCUAUCAUUAGCCUUACAAUGGUGCACCGAUUUGGCAAGCAUCUCUCCCCAAUGGUCCAUGUCUUUAUGGGCAACAUCUACAUCCUUUUUCCACCUUUGAUGAACCCUAUCAUCUACAGUGUCAAGAUCCAACAGAUUCGUAGCAGAAUGCUCAGACUCUUUUCUCUAAAAAUAUGUUGA